AUGUCCAGUUUCGAGCCCAAUUCGGUCCUCCGCGGCUUUCAGCUGGUGAUUGUUGCAACUGUCCGGGCUCUCCGGAAUCCCGAACUAUUCAAGUACCGUCACUUUCAGCAGGCGGCCGUCGCCGUCGGCGUCGGAGUUGCGACUCAGGUCGUUGUUCAAAUUCCAAUCUCUGGAAUCAGACUCAUUGUCUGGGCCGUGUCGUCAGCGUCUGGUGCCGAUGGUGCUGUGUGGGAUGCAAAGGUGCAUAGCCGCCUCGAUUUUGUUUCCAAAUCCGUCCUCCAAGUUCCUUUCCUGUUUAUGACCUUGAUGGGAUACAUCACACCUACUUUGGAUGAGAUUUUUAUGGAGUCGCUGAAAUGGGUCGACACAACCUAUGUCCAAAAACACAAGUCGGACGACCCCAAGUCUCUGCGGGCUAUGUACUACCCCAACAUGGCCCUGUACUCUACUUCUCGAAAGCGAGUCAAGGUCAAAACAGAACCGUCCAAGCCAUUACCUGAAGCCAUGCGGGCAUUCGGCCGCAGAUACGCCCGGAAGAUGGCUACGCUAUUGGGAAUCUAUCUGGCAUCCCUGCUUCCCGUGGUGGGUCGGUUCGUAGCACCAGCAGUCAGUUUCUACACGUUCCGCAAAACCGUUGGAACGAAUCCUGCCGCGGCAAUUUUCGGUGUUGGUCUCCUUCUCCCUAGAAGAUUCCUUAUCACAUUCCUACAUACAUACUUUGCUUCGCGGAGCUUGAUGCGUGACCUCCUGGAACCUUAUUUCCGACGUAUCCAAUACACCCCACAACAGAAGCGUAAAUGGUUCUCGGACCGUGAAGGCGUUCUCUUCGGUUUCGCAUUCGGUUGGACCAUGAUUCUCAAGACCCCGUUCUUAGGGCAGCUCCUAUACGGCGUCUCCGAAGCUGCAACGGCAUAUCUCAUCACGAAGAUCACCGACCCCCCUCCACCACCGGCCGAGAGUGAAGGGUUCCCGGAGACACAGGUUACGUGGAAAAACAAGCACGAGUUCCUGCAUCUGUCUCUGGAUAAUAUUGAUAAGCUUAAUGUUGCCAACAACAAGAACGAUGAGGAGACGAAAGAGACGGGGAUUUCAACGGGGUUCUCGGGGAGGAGGUUCACCUAA